AUGUUGAGUCAAGUCUGCCGCCCUGGCUUCCAGCCCUUCAACCAGUGUCUCCUGCGCUGGGCUCAAUCCACAGCUCUCUCCAGAUCCCAUCCUGCCCAGACUUCAACCGUCAGAAAUGUCCGUUCUUGGAGCAACAUCCCAUUUAUCACUGUACCCCUUAGUCGCGCACAUGGCAAGUCUUUUGCCCACCGCAGUGAGCUGAAGCAUGCCAAGAGAAUCGUGGUGAAACUCGGAAGCGCCGUGGUGACCCGAGGGGAUGAAUGUGGCCUGGCACUGGGACGCCUGGCAUCUAUUGUUGAGCAGGUGUCAGUGCUACAGAAUCAAGGCCGAGAGAUGAUGCUGGUAACUAGUGGAGCCGUAGCUUUCGGCAAGCAACGCUUGCGCCACGAGAUCCUUCUGUCUCAGAGCGUGAGGCAGGCCCUGCACUCGGGGCAGAACCAGCUGAAGGAGAUGGCAAUUCCUGUCUUAGAAGCCCGAGCGUGUGCAGCCGCGGGACAGAGUGGACUGAUGGCCCUGUAUGAAGCCAUGUUUACCCAGUACAGCAUCUGUGCUGCCCAGAUUUUGGUGACCAAUUUGGAUUUCCACGAUGAACAGAAGCGCCGGAACCUCAACGGGACACUUCAUGAGCUCCUCCGAAUGAACAUCGUCCCCAUUGUCAACACGAAUGACGCUGUUGUCCCCCCAGCUGAGCCCAAUAGUGAUCUCCAGGGGGUUAUUAGUGUCAAAGAUAACGACAGCUUGGCUGCCCGGCUGGCUGUGGAAAUGAAAACUGACCUCCUGAUUGUUCUUUCAGAUGUCGAAGGCCUUUUUGACAGCCCCCCAGGGUCAGAUGAUGCAAAGCUCAUUGACACAUUUUAUCCUGGAGAUCAGCAGUCUGUGACAUUUGGCACCAAGUCAAGAGUGGGAAUGGGAGGCAUGGAAGCCAAGGUGAAAGCGGCCCUCUGGGCUUUGCAGGGUGGCACUUCGGUGGUUAUUGCCAAUGGAACCCACCCCAAAGUGUCUGGGCAUGUCAUCACAGACAUCGUGGAGGGGAAGAAAGUCGGCACCUUCUUUUCCGAAGUGAAGCCUGCAGGCCCUACUGUUGAGCAGCAGGGAGAAAUGGCUCGAUCAGGAGGACGGAUGUUGGCCACUUUGGAACCAGAGCAGAGAUCAGAGAUUAUCCAUCAUCUGGCUGAUCUGUUGACGGACCAUCGCGAUGAGAUCCUGUCAGCCAAUAAGAAAGACUUGGAGGAGGCAGAGGGGAGACUCGCACCUCCUCUGCUGAAACGACUGAGCCUCUCCACGUCCAAACUGAACAGCCUGGCCAUCGGUCUGCGGCAGAUCGCAGCCUCCUCCCAGGACAGCGUGGGGCGAGUUUUGCGCCGCAUCCGAGUUGCCAAAAACUUGGAACUAGAACAAGUGACUGUCCCAAUCGGAGUCCUACUGGUCAUCUUUGAAUCUCGCCCUGACUGUCUACCCCAGGUGGCAGCCUUGGCUAUUGCAAGUGGUAAUGGCUUGUUACUCAAAGGGGGGAAAGAGGCCGCACACAGCAACCGGAUUCUUCAUGUCCUGACCCAGGAGGCACUCUCGAUCCACGGAGUCAAGGAAGCCGUACAGCUGGUGAAUACCAGAGAAGAAGUGGAAGAUCUUUGCCGACUAGACAAACUGAUAGAUCUGAUCAUUCCACGCGGCUCUUCCCAGCUGGUCAGAGAUAUCCAGAAGGCCGCCAAGGGGAUCCCCGUGAUGGGGCACAGCGAAGGGAUCUGCCACAUGUAUGUGGACUCAGAGGCCAGUGUCGAUAAAGCCUCCAGACUGGUCAGAGACUCUAAAUGUGAAUAUCCAGCUGCCUGUAACGCUUUGGAGACUCUGUUGAUCCACCGAGAUCUGCUGAGAACACCCCUGUUUGACCAGAUCAUUGAUAUGCUGCGUGUGGAACAGGUGAAAAUUCACGCAGGCCCCAAGUUUGCCUCCUAUCUGACCUUCAGCCCCUCAGAAGUGAAGUCCCUCCGAACUGAGUACGGGGACCUGGAGCUGUGCAUUGAGGUGGUGGACAGCGUCCAGGAGGCCAUCGACCACAUCCACAAGUACGGCAGCUCCCACACCGAGGUCAUCGUCACGGAGAACGAGAAAACAGCAGAGUUCUUCCUGCAGCACGUUGACAGUGCCUGCGUGUUCUGGAACGCCAGCACCCGCUUCUCUGAUGGCUACCGCUUCGGGCUGGGAGCUGAGGUGGGAAUCAGUACCUCGCGAAUCCACGCUCGGGGACCCGUAGGACUUGAGGGACUACUUACAACUAAGUGGCUGCUGCGAGGGCAGGACCACGUGGUCUCGGAUUUCUCAGAGCACGGAACUUUGAAGUAUCUUCACGAGAACCUCCCUGUUCCUCAGAGAAACACCAACUGA